AAACUCCCAGGCUUGGAUGGACCAGAAGAUGCAGGAGCUGAAGGAAACGGUGGCUCAGGUGUCUGCUGCCACAGAGAACAUUCUGCAGGCAGUGAGAGAGGUCCUUGGAGAACACGGUGUCCAGGAGGAGAAGAGAGAGGUGAAGGAAAUUCUGCAGUUGACCCAGGUGGCAAUUAAGAAGGUGCUGGAAAACCACCAUCAGCUGCCUGACUGGGCUCUGGGAGCCACAGGUGCCACCAUUGAUGAGAACAGGACAUCCAAGAGUUAUGGUGGACAAGGCAGGGAGACCUGGUGGUUUUGGCUACUCCUCUUCUCUUCUGCAGACCCUCCAGAGACAAUCUUGCAGCCCCGGAUUGCCCCUGGUGACUGCUGGGCUUUCCAAGGAUCUCAGGGCCACGUGGUCAUCCGGCUGCCUGAGCCCAUCUGGCCCACGGCUUUCACCGUCUGGCACAUCUCCGAGGCAGUGUCUCCUUCUGGGGAAGUCAGCAGUGCCCCCAAAGUCUUUGCUGUCUUU